GCUGGUCUGCACUUGCCUGAGCCUGGUUGCGUCCGAGUACCGUCAUGGCUCGGCUCUCCGAGGGCUUGGACGAGCUGCCCAUCGCCUGCCUGUCUCCUUGCGGGCCGCCCAACCUCGCCGAGCUGUACAGCGAGGCGCAGCGCCUGGCACUCGAGGAGCUGGUGGCUGGCGGCCCCGAUGCCUUCACGGCUUUCCUACGACGCGAGCGCCUGGGCAGUUUCCUCAACCCCGACGAGGUGCGCUCCAUUCUGCUCACGGCUGAGCGUCCCAGCGAGGAGGGCGCGGCGGCGGGAGCUGAGGACUCCAUCGCCUCGUCGCACGACUGCUCCUCCGGCACCUAUUUCCCGGAACAGUCGGACCUGGAGCCACCGCUGCUGGAGCUCGGCUGGCCGGCCUUCUACCAGGGUGCCUACCGCGGCGCCACGCGCGUCGAGGCGCACUUCCAGACCCGCGGCGUGGGCGCCGGCGGCCCCUAUGGCUGCAAGGACGCGCUGCGCCAGCAACUCCGCUCGGCGCGAGAGGUGAUUGCGGUGGUGAUGGAUGUUUUCACGGACAUCGACAUCUUCAGAGACCUGCAGGAAAUAUGUCGGAAAAAGAAAGUUGCUGUAUACAUCCUUCUGGACCAGGCUCUGCUCUCUCAGUUUUUGGAUAUGUGCAUGGAUCUGAAAGUUCACCCUGAACAGGAAAAGCUGAUGACAGUUCGGACUAUUACAGGAAAUACCUACUAUGCAAGGUCAGGAACUAAAAUUGUUGGGAAGGUUCAUGAAAAGUUCACAUUGAUUGACGGCAUUCGUGUGGCCACAGGCUCCUACAGUUUUACAUGGACAGAUGGCAAAUUAAAUAGCAGUAACUUGGUCAUUCUGUCCGGCCAAGUGGUUGAACACUUCGAUCUGGAGUUCCGAAUCCUGUAUGCGCAAUCGAAGCCCAUCAGCUCCAAACUCCUGCCCAACUUCCCGGUCAGCAGCAAGUUUGACCAUCUGGUUGACCGGAAACCACUGUCCAAGGAGCUCACGCUAGGCAAUCUGCUGCGGCUGCGGCUCGCCAGGCUCUCAAGCUCCCCCAAGAAGGCCGAGCUGGAGUAUGGGUCGCCCGCCAAGGGCAGGGCAGAGUCCUUCACCGUCGGUGAGGAAGACUACUUCAACAGCCUCAAGAACCAACCGGAGGGUGGAAAGAGGGCCGAUGCCGCCACUCAGACAGAGCCAGGAAAGGAGAUGCGAGCAGUGAGCGUGAGUGACUCGGGAACACAAACCAGCACCGCCACAGCCAGUGCUGGGACCCAAACCACAGUCGCCACCAGGGCAGCAAGCUCCCAAACCGUGGUUCGGCUCACGUCGGCCACCACCCAGACUGACGUGAACGAGAACGUUCUCUUCUCUCAGGGAACCCAGUCGAAAGAAGGCUCACCGGUAUCAAAGAUGUCUGUGUCAAGGUCUUCCAGUUUGAAGUCUUCCUCCUCUCUGUCUUCUCAAGGCUCGGUGGCAAGCUCCAUCGGCUCGCUGACUUCCAUGAGAGCCACUGACCUCGUCCUCCCUGGACAUGCCAAGUACUGGGGCAUGCCCCACUUGGACUCAUUUAGAAACCUGAAUAAAGAGCGGCAGCUUCACUGUUCUGGUAUCAGGACCCGGCUCAACCAUAUGCUGGCCAUGUUCUCAAGGAGAACACUUCUUACUGAAAACUAUCUCGGAUUUAAUUCUGGCAAUUCUACCAGAGCACCCAUUAAUUUGCUGACUAUUAGAGAUAUCGCACUUUAUCCCUCCUAUCAGUGACUGCCCGGGGUCCAGACCGCCGCUGGGUACACCCAGCCUUGCAGGCGACAUCAUCAGAGCGUCCUGCUUUACAGAGUGUCUCCUGUCCAUCCUUGUUUCUCUUUCACUUGACUUUUAGUCUCUCUGAUUUUCUUUGAAUUCUGUAAACUGCGUAUUAUUUUAUGUGCUUUUACUUUAUUUUUGUCAUGUACAAACCAGGUAUUGGUUUUAUGGUUUAAACACUAUGGGUACAGUUUCUUUGCACAAUUUUAAUAUUGAUAUCUCUUAAAGAGAAUGCGUAGGGGUUCUCAGAUUAAUUCAGGUAAGAGAUAAAAUAUGUUUUGCAUUUUUCUAGAUUUGUGUGCUCUUCUGUUUAAGCGGUUUAAAUCACUAGUUUUUAUGAUCGAAUAAACUGUUUCUUAAUUGUCUGUCUCUUCUUUAGGAUGUCUGUGUUCUUAGCAUUAGCGAAAUAUAAACAACUUUUAUGUGGUGA